UUCAAUUUAGAAGUGGCCAUCAAGCCAUGGUAUCGGGCUGGAUCUUAUCUGCAUUGCUGACAACAUUAAUUGCUAUAGUGGUCAGUUCGGUCUCGGCCCGAGUCUGCACUCUGAUGAUUGACCUAGACUCCCGCAGUUGCGGACAGCGCAUGGGGAGAUUUGUUCUGCCACCGGGCGAUCCUUGCACCUGUACAGGGGUCAGACUGGGCGGUCAUUACCACCGCUUCGCACCUGAGAUGCAGGGGCAGGAUCCACCGUUGUAUAUGGACAUGCUGCCGGAGGUGACUGCUGAGGUCAUUCACUGUUGGUUCAACUGCACCUCGAGCAAACAGGAGGAGUCGACGCACGGAGUCACUGAAACCGCCCCAGAGUCGACUUCCAAAGCUGUCCCAGGAUCGACACCUGUCGUAUCGACUCCUGUUGACACGACACCAGUUAACGGCGCCACCACAGAGCCGACCGAGCAUCCAGCAGAUUGUCAAGAGAUCUUGGAUGCUGGUCAGAGCACUAGCGGUGUGUAUACUAUCCAGCACGGAGGCCAGAAUAUGCAGGUCUACUGCCGCAUGGAGCCGGGGAAAGGAUACAUAGUGUUUCAGAGACGCCUGGACGGCUCGGUGAGCUUCAACCGAACCUGGCAGGAGUACGCCGAGGGAUUCGGGGAUCUGCCUGGAGAGUUCUGGCUGGGCAACAAAAAGCUGCAAAGUCUGACGUAUAUCCCCGGACAACUGAGAUGGGAGCUGGUCAUCACUCUGAGGGCGUUUGAUGGGGAUGAGGCACGUGUUCGUUAUGGGGAAUUCAACCUAUUCCAAUUGGAGUACAAUUACCCGCUUAAUGUCUUUAGCUUCAGCGAGGAGAGCUGCGAAGAUGAAGUGCCUGCAGGUGAUUCACUAAGCGAUCACUCACGCGCAGAUUUCUCAACUCGAGAUGCUGACAACGAUAUAUCCUCCGGGGAAAACUGCGCUGAGAAAUUCCACGGAGGCUGGUGGUACUACCGCUGCGGAAGCGACAUCAGCUACCACUUCAAGAGCAACCUGAACGGCUUGUACUACAACAACGCAGCAGUCGAUGAUUACAUGGGGAUACAGUGGGUCACCUGGAAGGGUAAACAGGUCUCUCUCAAAGGCUGCGAAAUGAUGACGCGACGCAUACAAUAA